AUCUCUCUCUCUCUCUCUCUCUAUCCUCUUCUUCGCCAUCGUCAUCAUCAUCAUUUUCAAUUCUCUGUAAAUUACACAAAAUCACAAACUCACCAAUUCCAAAUCUUUCAAUCAAAUUCGACCUCACUCUCCAUCCAAUUUCAACUUCGGAGGAAUAGCCCCAAGCUGAAAAACCUCCACAAAAAUUUCCCCAAAUCAAAUGCCAACCCUACCCGUGAAACUCUACAGCGUCUUCUUCAAACUCCUCCUCAAACACCGUCUCCAAAACCUAAUCUCAAUCUCACCAAACCAUGCCCAACCCGAUCCCUUCGGCGUCUCCACCCGAUCCGACGAAUCCGUCUCCCCCGCCAACCCUUCCUUCACCGACGGCGUCGCCACCAAAGACAUCCACAUCGACCCCAUGACCUCCCUCACCGUCCGCAUCUUCCUCCCCGAAUCCUCCCUCUCCCAAUCCCAAUCCGAUCCCAAAUCCGAUCGGAGACACAGCAGCCACAACAAUCAAAGCCCAGAUCUCACCCCCAAAAACGACAAUCCGGAGCCUUACGGAGGGUACGCGCCGUCUCCGAGGAGGAACCAGCGGAAGCUGCCGGUGAUGUUGCAGUUUCACGGCGGGGGGUGGGUGGGCGGAGGGUCGGAUUCUGCGGCGAACGACUUCUUUUGUCGGAGGAUUGCGAAGGUGUGCGAUGUGAUUGUGUUGGCGGUGGGGUAUAGGCUGGCGCCGGAGAAUAGGUAUCCGGCGGCGUUUGAGGAUGGGGUGAAGGUGUUGAAUUGGAUUGGGAAGCAGGCGAAUUUGGCUGAUUGUUGUAAGUCUUUGGGGAACGGUGGGGUUGGUAAUAGGCGUGUUAAUGGGGUUGAGUUGAAGAAGGGGAGUGGGAAUAGUAGUGUUCAAGGGCGUAUUGUUGAUGCUUUUGGUGCUUCUAUGGUUGAGCCUUGGCUUGCUGCUCAUGCUGAUCCUUCCAGAUGUGUUCUUCUGGGGGUGAGCUGUGGUGGGAACAUAGCAGACUACGUAGCGAGGAAAGCAGUGGAAGCUGGGAAACUUCUAGAGCCAGUUAAAGUUGUUGCACAGGUUCUAAUGUACCCAUUUUUCAUCGGAAACAACCCAACACAAUCCGAAAUAAAGCUGGCAAACUCCUACUUCUACGACAAACCCGUCUCUGUCCUCGCCUGGAAACUCUUCUUACCAGAGAAAGAGUUCGACUUUGACCACCCAGCAGCAAACCCACUUGCCCAUAACCGCAGUGGACCACCUCUGAAACUAAUGCCUCCAACUCUCACAGUAGUGGCCGAACACGACUGGAUGAGAGAUAGAGCCAUUGCUUAUGCAGAGGAGCUUAGAAAGGUAAACGUAGAUUCUCCAGUUUUAGAAUAUAAAGACGCGGUUCAUGAGUUUGCAACGCUUGAUAUUCUUCUCAAGACUCCUCAAGCACAGGCCUGCGCUGAAGAUAUUGCUAUUUGGGUCAAGAAAUACAUUUCUCUACGUGGCCAUGAGUUCUCUUACUGAGAAUUUUUACCCUGUUUAUUAUUAUUAUUAUCAUUCAUUCUCUUCCUUUUUUUUGUAUGUAGCAAGAUUUUGUGAAUAGGAUUACAGACGACUUAAGAUUAUGAGUCCUUUUUUAUACAUAAGUCAUCAAUUUUUUCAUUUCUUGGGGGGGUUCUAUGUAGUCAUUGUGUACUACUUAUUCUGAAUAAACCAUCUUGGUGUGA